AUGCAGCUUGCCGCCCCUUCCACAUCGUCGGGCCUUGCGCUGCCGCGGACGCUGGAACGCGGGAAGACGCGACAGGAUGGCAGCUUCUCCCAGUCUCUGUCCAGGACUGUGGCAGCAAGCCUGGCAGUCUGGAGGGGCCACCGGAGCCAGCGCGAUCGCUGGACAAAGCUGGGCGCAAUGCGACAGGAGGUUUCACAGAUUGUGGAGCAGGAGAUCCCAGAGGUGCCAGUGAAGGUGCUGGUGGGUGAAACUCCAGAUCGAGGAAAGUGCCUGUUGGCAGCUGAAGAUGUGCGACCAGGGGAGCUGUUGUUGCUGGAAAGACCAGCACUAGUGCAUCAGCUGAACGCCCAAGUCACUACAGAAGGUGUUGAGAAGAUUAUAGCAGCCUUUGAAGAAUUGCCCAAAUCCAAUCAGGAUGCUAUUGGCAGUUUGUUCUGUCCAGAGGGCCUGGUGCAGUCGCUGAAGAAUUCCCAAGGGUACCUGGAAGCCUCGCCGGAGCAGCAGAAGCUGCUGGGCACGUUGAAGCUGAACAGUGUGCAGUUGAGGAGCGCUCCGGGUGCGGGCGUCUUCGUGACGCUGAGCCGCGCCAGUCACAGCUGCAGACCCAGCAGCUGCUUCUUCUUUCACGAGGACAUGUGCGGCUUGAAGGCUUUGCGACCCAUCCAAAAGGGAGAGGAGGUCACGGUGGCCUACAUCUCGGAUGAACAUCUUCUGCUUCCGAUUCCCCAGAGGCGGGCACUGCUCCAAGCGUGGCAGUUCGAGUGCGCUUGUCCUCGCUGCUCCGCAGAGUUCGAUGACACGCGCGGCAUGCGCUGCCGCUGUGGCGCCGUGCGCAUGGCGCGAAGUCAGGGCGGCUUCGGCAAGUGCCAAGCUUGUGGAAUUGAUGAUGGUGAGGAACUUCGGAAAGUCGCCAGUCGCUGGUGGUUGCGCUACAACGCAUGCACCCCGUUGGCGGCGGAGGACGAGUUGACCAGCUCCCGCUGGGCGCGCGGCCGGGAACUGCCCCAGGAGCGUCGGGGCGAGGCCUGGAUGAAGGAUUUGGUCACCUUACACCGUCAGCUGCUGGCCGCCGAGCGUUCGGCCGAGCACAGCGAUACGCCAAGCCUCUGCCGCGAUGGGCACUGGAUGGGCGCCAGUGUGGCAAUGCUGGCGGCCGAAGCACAUCUUUGGCGCGGAGAGUACGAAGAAGCAGUCCUGGCUGCAGAGGCGCGGCUGCGCUACGUCUCGCAGGUCCUGGGCUAUGAGGACUGCGCGGUGCGACGCGGUGCCGAGGUGAAAGCAUCCCUUCUUCCUGGCCCAGCUGUGAGAUGUUUGUUCAGUGAGGCAGUCAUCCACACUGGGAUUGAGAGAGGAUUGGAACCGCAACUCCUCGAGGAUGGCAGAGAUGGUGUCUCCAAGACAGGUCAGCGGGCUGUUGUCUCAAGCCACGGCCCGUCCGAGAUGUGGGCACCUUGGCUCCUCACAUAUGAGAAGGAACUGCAAGAACAAACAACUCGACUCAGAAACCUUGCAGGAGGAGGCGGCGCUGCUCCAGGGGCUCCAGUGCCCUUGCCCUUUGGACUCACGGCAGGUAGCGGACCGCGGAUCCUCGAUCGAGGGAGGGGCAGGUCGCGCUCGCCGGAGCGCAGUAAACUGCGGGGCAUGGCGGGCAAACCUAGCCAGGAGGGACCCCUUUGUGGAAGACCCUUUUGGUUCGGAGACACCAACUCUGCCACGCCUGAGAGUACCAGCCAUUCCUACUAUGGCAGGUCUCAAAGUCGACGGCAACGACCCAACCAGGCGGCCUCGGAGCUGAAUCCAGGCCAGCCAACCUUGCCAACAAGCAAAAACACAGGCGCUGAGGAACCUCUCAGGUCACCAGUGGAAGCCAAAGAUCUCGAGGUGGAAGCCCAGUCGUCUCCCAGUCGAUUCAAACACGACAACCCGACCUCACUUCGGGAACAACUGGCCGCGGAAUCCUUCCUUGCACCGACCAUCCUGGCUGCUGGGAAGCCCAUCGUUUUCGGCUUCAUGGACGAGAAUCGCAAGCCGCCACAUAGCUCCUUUACCGUGCGAUGA